AUGUCUUUAGAUGAUGCACACCAAUACAAUAAAUAUGGUAACGGAACUAGUGCUAGUUUUACAACAACAACAUUUGAGAUAAUGGAAACCCCAAUCAGAUCACCUUCCUCAUCUCCAACUCCAAACCAUCUUCUUGAUGAUGAUGAUGAGCUGACACCAGAGCAAAGUGCACAUCUGAAUGAAAUAGAUUUUAAUACUGGACUUGAUGGUUUUUUAUUAGCAGCUCUUAAAAGUCCCAAGGAUAGACUAUUCCUUUUGAAAUUAGAUCAAGAAAUGGAACGGUUUAUCAUUGAUGAAAAUCGUUCACGACUAGAAUUUCCACCAAUGAAUUCUUACCAAAGACUUAUCAUUCACCGUGUUGCACAGUACUUUAAAUUAUCUCACGUAGUAGACACUAGUGGUAAAGCAGUAGUGUUAUACAAAUCUAUCGAAACACAAAUACCGAUUCUUCGAUUUUCAGACCUUCUUGAACAAGAAGACGACGAAAAACCUGAAAAAUCAGUGAAAAUUAUGAGAAGACAACAACAAAGAUCCAUAAACCCAAAUGAUCCUGAUAAUAAUAAUUGUGAAGCGGGAGAACGUAAAAUUCUAUCCAUUGAAGAAAGAGAGGCAGCCUAUUUAAAAGCUAGAGCAAGAAUAUUUAAAGAUCUUGAUCAACCAAAUGUUAUGAACGGUCAACUGGAAGAAAAUAAUGAAGGUUCAAUAGUUCUAAAUUCUAGUUUAAUGAGGCAACUAAUGCAAGCCAUGCUGCCACAUGAUAUACAUCCUAAUCAUUUCAUGUCAAGCCCUUACAUGAAACAUAUGAAUCAAUAUCGAGCACCACCUCCUUAUGUUCAAUCUCACGGCCCUACAUUUUCAAAUUCAAAUCAUAUCAUUAAUCCAUCUAUUUCUACACAACCUGGCGUUCCACAUCCAAUGAUGGGAUUUCCACCUCAACAAACAUCAUUGCAACUACAACCACAUCCGGCAAAUAUUGGUGCAAUUAGACCACCGAAGUCAACAGAAUUAUUUGAUCCAAACAAUCCACCACCACAAUCAUCGUUAUCAUCAACAGUAGCAUCGCCAUUAUCAACAGGUUUUAUCGUUAAUUCUUCAAAUACCAAUUCAUCAAGAUCAGCAACUCCACAGAUACCAUCAUCGCUUUUAAAUAAAUUUACUUCUAAUUGGGUUGGGGAUCAAUCACCAACAAAAUCCUCGCUUUUGUUUGAUUACACUUUACAAGUACCAUACGAAGGAAUUAAACCUAAUCAAGCUAAUGAACAACCGCCAAAACCAAGUCAUAUACUUGAACUUUAUGAUUUUGCAGUAUCAGACAAUUUAACAGGUAUUACAUUGACGAAUGCAACUAUUAAACGUAUUGAUAAUUCUCCAAAGAUGAACGAUGCAUCAAAUAAACGGCAACCUACAGUUCUUGCAAUCUUUAAAAAUUCAAAGGAAGCCAGCAAAAUGAUUCAAACAUUUAAAACUAACCACUGGGAACAUCGAAUUAUUAACAAUCAACAAAUCCUUCUCUUUCUUCAACAAAUUAGUUUAGCAGCUAUUUAA